CAAGGGGCUACACUGCAAAAAGUCCGUCCCCCUCGGAUUCCCCUCGCACCCCGGCUGAAGAGUCGACUGCGAGCUCCAUUUUCUCCGAGCGAACCUUCCCUUUCCCCGGACACGAAUCAGGCUCUCCGCCGCCGCCUGCCCGCCAUGGCCGCUCGCCGCCUCCUGCUGCUGCUCGCCGUCGCCGCCGCGUCCCUCCUCGCCGCCGACGCGCGCCCGUGCCGCACCUUCCUCGUCGCCUUCCCGGCCGACCCCAACCCCAACCCCAGCGACGGCGACGGCGCCGCCCACCACUACCGCGGCGUCCCCCACGUCGCCACGGUCGUCACCGUGUUCCGCGUCCGCCGCCUCGGCCCGCACCUCCGCCACGGCCACCGCAACCACCCCCACCUCCACUCCAUCCCCGCCAACGUCCAGAUCCGCCGCCCCGAGCUCCCGCACCCCGCCCACGCGGCGGCCGCCGGGCCCCAGGAGCGCGCCAGGGACAUCCUCGUGGUCGUCGUUGGGCUCCUCUUCGGCGUCGCCUGCGGCGCGCUCACCGCCGCGUCCGUGUACCUCGUCUGGUCCAUGGUCGCCGGCGCCGCCGCGGCCUCCCCGUACGAAGAGCUCUACGACGACGGGGACGAGGCGUCCGACACCGAGAGCCCUAAGAAGGUCGGCUACGUCGUCAUCCAGGAGCUCGAGGUCCACGACGGCGGUAAGAACUAGGGGUAGGGUUUGGUGGUGCUCCCGGGAGGGAAGGCAAAUUCGUGCAGUGGGAUGAUCUAUGACCAUAUAAUUAUGAGUUGAGUGAUUCGUAAUGUCUGUAUGUGAUGUGUGGUUGGAAGUACUAGGGGUUUGCCCUCCUUGUGAAUACGCUCCUGAAGCGCGCCUAAGCUAUGAAUUGUGCUUGUUUCUGAUGGACUUAUCAAUCAAUGUUAUGCAUUGCGAAAUGUUCUUCGGAAACAAUGUUCUUUGUUC